CUCCUGACUCCUCUUUCCAUUGCUCACUAAAUUUCCGGGAAAAUUGGUGUUCAAGAGGAUUGCUAUUCCCGAUUCAACCAACUGAUCCACGAAUGUAAUCACUCCGGUUUGGAUCCGAUUGAACUUCGGCAUUUCUGUCUCGAAGCUGGAGAAGCAGGCGAAGAAGAAAUGGGGAAAUUAGUCGUUGCAGCUAUUACGAGCUUGUGGGCGAUUCCCAUGGCGAUUAUCGUCAAUAGCAUUGUUCCAGAACCUUACAUGGAUGAGAUUUUUCAUGUGCCUCAGGCUCAGCAAUACUGUAAAGGGAAUUUGAGGAGUUGGGAUCCCAUGAUCACUACCCCUCCUGGAUUGUACUAUCUUUCACUUGCCCAUGUCGCUUCUUUGUUGCCAGGCAUGUUCUUGACGAGACAUAUCCGGUCUUUCUCGGAAGCCUGUUCUACAUCCGUCCUCCGCUCCACAAAUUCUGUUCUGGCAGUGUUUUGCAGCGUUCUAGUUUAUGAGAUAAUCACAUUCUUGCGGCCGAAUCUCAAUGACAGAACAGUAACAUCUAUGGCGGCGGUCCUGACACUGUACCCCCUCCACUGGUUCUUCACUUUUCUUUACUAUACAGACGUUGCAUCUCUGACUGCUGUUCUUGCUAUGUACUUGACAUGUUUGAAAAAGAAAUACAAGCUCAGUGCCCUGCUUGGCACUUUAGCAGUUUUUAUCAGGCAAACGAAUGUCAUUUGGAUGCUUUUUGCUGUUUGCUCGGGUGUCAUAGACAUUACUUUGUCAGGAGUGAGGGACAGAGAGGAAAUACACGAAUCAAGUCAAGAGAAGAAUCAGCCACCCAACAGCAAAGGUGCCACCAUGAGAUCGAACUUAAGAAAAAGAAAGUCUAAUGGCUUUCAAGAUAUGAGAAACCAUUAUAUCCGCAAUAGAAGUACGUUAGAAAAUGGGGGCUUAUUCUAUGAAGUUCAGGCCCUAAUUUCAAGAACUUGGAGUAUGAAGUGGAGGCUCUUGGUCAAUUUUAGCCCUUUUAUCGCUGUGGUUAUUGCUUUUGGUGCUUUUAUCCUUUGGAAUGGUGGUAUAGUCCUUGGUGCGAAGGAAGCUCAUGUUGUUUCCCUGCAUUUUGCGCAGAUGAUGUACUUCAGUCUUGUUUCUGCUCUUUUCACCGCUCCUCUGCACUUCUCUCUGGAUCAAGUUAGAAAUCUUUUGCGGGAAAUUCAGAGAAAUGGGAUCGUCAGUCUCGCAUUUAGCAUCGUUGCUCUUGCAGCUGGAUUCAUUUCUGUACACUUUUUCAGCCUGGCUCAUCCUUAUCUUCUUGCUGACAAUCGGCACUAUACCUUCUACACAUGGAGGAAGAUAAUCAAUGCUCAUCGGUCAAUGAAGUACCUAUUGGUUCCACUCUAUGUCUAUUCCUGGUUCUCAGCCCUAAGUUUAUUAGGAAAAACUCAAAGGAAGACAUGGGUAUUAGCCUACUUCUUGUGUACUUGCGCAGUUCUUGUUCCUGCGCCACUUAUCGAGUUCAGAUAUUACACCAUUCCUUUUUACAUCUUCGUGCUUCAUUCCGGUGUCAGCAACUUCAGGACAUGGCUUCUGACUGGAGCGAUUUUCCUCUGUAUUAAUGUAUUUACCAUGGCAAUGUUCUUGUUCAGGCCAUUUCAGUGGAGCCAUGAACAUGGUGGUGUCCAGAGGUUUAUUUGGUAGAAUUAGGAACUUACCAUACCAGUGAGCAGCACCACAGCUCAGAGACAGGUCUAUGUUUUUUUUUUCUUUUGCUGUUUGCUUAGCGGAACCUGCAACGUCCUGGUGUUUUCCAUAGAUUAAACGGCAUGUCAUUCCUUUCGAAAUUUAACAAACGACGUGGUGUGUGUUUUUCGAUU